AUGGCCAACCACGGCAUCGGGAGUUACUAAAAGUAUUGAGCUUCUAAAGUUAGUCAUUGUACACUUUAUGUGGUCAUGAACGAGUGCUGCGAGUCUAACGUGACGGUGUAUAUUUCUAACUUUACGAUCUUUCGGCGCUAUUUCCAUUAGUUUCUACCUCUGAGGUGCACUGGAAGAAGAAAAUGACAGAAGACACUUUCGUUGAACCCUUGAUGGACAGUCACAGACCUGCGUCGGGAACGUCACAGGACAUCUCUCAUGUAUUAAUGAGCGUCUUCAAGGAGGUUUACAAUAAAGACAUAAUCGCGAAAGGGAAUCUGUUGUCCAAUCUCAUCAAAACAAAUGUGGGAAAAAACAGUUAUCAUGAUAAAUAUGUUAAGGAGCUGCACCAGGCUCGUUCUGAAUAUGAGCAGUGUAUAAAAAUGGCUGAUAUGAUGGAGGAUCACAUAUGUAAGGGUAAAGCCCAGGCUGCUGCCAAAGAAAGCCGGAACUGUGAGAGGAUGAAGGCAGACCUUGUAGAUGGUUGUGAUUAUGCAAUGUUUCCAGUAAAAUCCACCUUUUGCUGGUGUGUCGAUGAUGAUCUUCUCAAAAGAAACAACCUGAUCUCCCCUGGGGACUACUUACCGGCAGAGAAACCACAAAUACGAGCACCAGCCCCAGUAAAAUCGAGUUUUGCAAAACCCACUAUCUCAUUUGCCAUACGCACAACCCGGGAGUCUCAGGAUCGCGGACCACAGAAGACUUUGUUGGAAAUGAAUGAGUUGGAUGACAGUCUUACUUGUGAAUCAAGCUCAGAACCCCAACAAAGCAAGAGAAUCCCUAAAAUGACCAUACCUAAGCCAACCUGGUUUGGCCAACCAAGCGCAACAAACCGCACAGAGGGUUGGGAGCAACUUCAGAAGUUUAAGAGAAGACAAAGCGUCCUGCUCGAUAGACGAGUCUGUCCUCCAAAUGCGCAGCAGUGUAGAAAGUCGUUCAGCUUACCCAAAGUGAAAGUGAAGAAUGACCAAGAGAAGAAAAACUCUGACAAUCAAAGCUCUAUAGAUGAGCUCCACUGUGUCUUCCAGGCAACUCCCCAAGUGAUGUUUUUCACAGAAUACAGCAUUGGAAGUGUUUAUGAGUCUACACUGGAGCUGAAAAACAUGACUUACUCAAGCCGCCACCUCAGAGUCAUCCCUCCUACCACUCCAUACUUCUCGAUAGGGCUGGGAAGAUUCCCCAGUGAUGAAGGCAUUGUUGCCCCAGGGAUGAGCUCUAAGUACACACUGCGAUUUGCUCCAGACUCCUUGGGAGACUUCAAGGAUUUCAUGAUGGUGCAGACAGAAUCUCAGCACCUAUUUGUGGUGCCCAUUGAGGCACGGAGACCUCCUCCUGUACUUACCUUGCCCAGAGUUUUGGACUGCGGGUACUGUCUGGUUGGAGGAGUAAAAUUUCUGGAGUUCAUGUGUCAAAAUGUUGGACUCAGCGCUGGGACUUUUUACAUCAUCCCCAAGGACCAGUGGCCGGCCCCAAAUCUCAGGGUAAUGGUUGCAAAACUGAAACUAUUCACUGCACCCUCAACUUUUAUGUCCUUGUCAACAACAUACUUUUCUGAGAAGCCACCCUUUGCCGUAGGCCCCUGUGUGUUUUCACUGCAGCCAGGAGAAGCCAUUGUUGUGGAGGUUGUUUUCUUUCCAACUACUGUGGAGCAUUGCUCUCAGCCAUUUGCCAUAAUCUGUGACAACUGCCAGGUGAAAUACAUUUCCCUUGAAGGUGAGAGUCAACUGGUUGGCGUUGAGCUUGUGUCUAUAUCUGGAGAAAAUGAGCCCCUCACUGCUGGAGAGAUGCACGACCUCACUGCGGAGCACUUUGUCCGUUUCAGCGAAUGCCACCCUCACAUUGAGCAACAGAAGAGACUUGUCAUCAGAAACAAUGUCCACUUGGAGCUGGCCUUCCACUGGCAAAUUAUGAAACCUAACCUGCGUUCUCUUCUUCCUGGGGAGACCCAUGAGCCAUCGCAUAUCCAGUUUCACCCGGACACAAACGACGUUUACCAGAUGAGCCCCCCCUCAGGCCUCCUGGCUCCCUGUCAGGAACACGAGUUUCUCUUAACCUUCUGUCCAAAAGAGUUGAAGGAUUAUCACAGUGUCUUUCACUUGGUCCUGAGGGACAUCCCCCUGAUGCCUCUAGAGCCUAACGAUAACAGCGUCCUUCAUCCGGUUCAUUCUGGCUCCAAGUUGAACAAUGUGAUCAUCAUGGAUAUAGAGGUCAAAGGGUUAACAGAGCUAUACCGAGUCUUACUGGAGCCAUAUGGUGUCAUAAUCCCUGGAGAAAUAUUUAUCUCCAUCGCUACUCACAGGCAGUUUAAGAUGUGGAAUCACAGUAAAACCUUCAUCUUGUUUCAAUGGGAGAGGUUGAACAGCGGCUCCCAUGUUAUAGAAGUAGAGCCAUCUGCUGGGAGAAUAGAAGAGAACGAGUGCUUUGACUUUGAUGUCAUUGUUACUGGAGGGAAACCAGAUAAGCUUAAAACCAACCUGGUUUGCAACAUACAGCAUCGUCACGAACCUGUCAAGUUGCCUAUCGAGGUUUCCUUUAAGGGUCCCACAGUGAAGCUCAGUGUUCCCUGUGUGGACUUUGGGCUUGUGAGGCUCGGGGAUGAAGUUCAAACCACACUCUCCCUAACCAAUACCACCCCUCUGGAGGCCUGCUGGAUGUUUAAGGAGAAGAUCAAUAAUAAGCAGGAUCACCAAGACACAAACGCAGUAGAACAGGAGGUCGUAGUGGAGCCAGGAACAGGUGUGCUGCCCCCCUUUGCUAGUUGCAGUGUGGCGCUGCAUUUGAACUUAGAUUUCUGCCAGAAGUUUGAAACAGAAAUGGAACUGAUUGUGGAGAAUGGGACUACGAGUCCUGUUUGGAUCCAAGCAGUUGUGCAGUCUCCUCAGGUGUGCUUCUUAAACUGCAAGUUGGUCUUCUCUGAUCUUUACCUGGGAGUUCCCUCAACAGGCACCGUAACACUUUUCAACCAGACUCUGCUGCCAUCACACUUUAGCUGGAAGGAACAUCUUCAGGGUAAACAGGCUUCACUGUGCACAGUCACCUUUGAUCCCUCUUCUGGUAUACUGGGACCCAAUGCAACCAUGAACAUCAAUGUAAAUUUAUCCUCCCACACAGAUUUGAAGCUGACAGAAGUGGCUGCUAUCUGUGAUGUGCAAGGGAUGAACUCGCCGCUUGUUCUUCAAAUUGUGGGCUCCCAAUCCAAGAAACUUUCUGUGUCCUACUCGCUGCCUGGCACCUGUCACAUAGGGAAUAGUGACAGUCCUUCAGCACUGAUAAUUGACUUUGGAAAAGAUGUCAUUUUAAAGACGGAGGUAACCAAACAGUUCCUAAUGACCAAUGAAAGCGCUAUUCCUGCAGCUUUUACUAUAAAGCCAGAGUUUUUCACCUGCAACGUUUCAAUGGCAAACAGCUUGUUAGAGAAGAGACUCACAUAUUUAAAGACUCCACUUUUCGCUGAACAAGUGACAAAAGUAGAAGCCAAAGCACAUGAAGACUUUGUUACCGGCCUUCUGGCUCAUGGAAAUGGGGCGGCCUUCAUGGUCCAGCCAGACUCAGGGCAGCUGGGACCAUUUGAGACCAAGACAGUGGAUGUGACCGCCUAUUGCUUAAUGUGGGGAGAAUACAGAGAUCAUCUCAUAUGCAAGGUCGGAGACCUUGAACCGAUGCACAUAACUAUGCGGAUGACCGUGAAGGGCUGCCCACUCUACUUCCAAAUGAUAGGCCCCCAACCAGAUGACCAGUGUCAGGGUCCAACCAUGCACUUUGGAACUCACUUGUCAGGAGGAGACACCAUUUCUCAACCUCUUCGCAUCAAUAAUCCAACCAUGUUUGAUAUCCAGGUGGACUGGGAGAUUUACAACAUUGACGAGAAUGACCACACACUGAUUGAACUCGUGAAUACAUAUGGAGACCACUUCCCGCUGAAGGAUGAUGAUGGUAAUGAGCUGCUGAAAGGAACAUUUAGGGUUUUUAAUGAAAACGAUCCAACAGAGUGGGAGAAGAAUCAGACACCAACAUUGGUGGGGACAAGCAUGUCCCUUCAAAGUGGUACUAACGGAAAAGAGAAAGAAUAUGAAGAGGAAGGACAUCUCUAUCCUGCAAAGAAAAACUUCAUCUCUGUCCACACACGACCUUACAUAGGCAGCCUGUCAGAUUCCCCAUACUCCAUUAUACCGCAACAAAUUGUGAUUCCAGCAAAGAGCACUGGAUGCAUCCACGUGUCUUUCACCCCUUUUAAUCUUUCUGAGUCCCAACGUGAGUCCAGAUGUGUGGGUGUGGCAUGUGGUUUCCUGAACCUGAACUCAGAGAAGGCAGUUUGCAUCCCAGGUAAAGUCAGAAGGGAUUUGGCUUUGGAUUUACAGCCUGUCAAAUUGGAUCUGCUAGGAACCAUUAAGCCGGCGGUGCUUUUGGUGCAGAUGGAGGAGGACAGCGAGACACUGGAGUUUAAUGCCUCCGCUGGUGAUUUACUGAGGGUUGAGUCAGACAAUGAGGUAGUUGUCAGUGAAUUUAGCAUUGUAGAGAGCUUUCAACUGAGAAACAUUAAAGAGACCCCUCUGCAUUUCAAACUUGAGACACAGCCGCCAUUUUCAGUUGUGAGGCCUCACUCUGGAGUUUGGACCAGCAUCUCAAGUACCAAUGGUCUCAAUCAACCAUUGGUACUUUACCCUCAAAAUAGCAUGCAGGUGAAAGUGGCCUUUCACUGUUCUCUCUCACUGCUGGACCUCUUAAACCAUACAGAGGAAGACCUCUCUCUUGCAGGGAGUCUGAUCCAUACUAAAACUGGUCGGAAGAAGCUGAGGUUGCAGCAAAACCUCCUUAUCCACCACAGCAACAACAACCUGCAAAAAGUGCCAUUGUGUGCCUAUCUGGAACUGCCUAUACUCAGUCUCUCCACUGAUUGCCUAACUUUCGGGUUUUGCGAUGUUGGAGACAGACAGACCAGGAAAAUAAGCCUCUCCUGCCGUGGAUCAAACACCUACUGGAAAUCACUAAUAAAGUCAGAUGAAGGAGACCCUCAGGUGUUUGAAGUUGCACCAGACUCUGGGGUUUUCCAAUCCAGGGAACUGGUCAGAACCUCCAGCAGCCAGUUUCUGCAGAUUAGCUUCACUCCAAGCAAACAAAAAGAGUUCACGGCUUUGCUGGUUAUCGAGUCGCCUCUAGUGAAGACGCCCCUCACUCUUCCGCUCCUGGGAGUCGGAUCCUUUGAUGAGGACUACAUAUCGACAUAUUUUUUGAGUGGCAAAACAGCUGACGAUGAAAUGGUUUUUGGUGGAUUGUAAAUAUGUGUUUGACAAAAAGUAAACAGACAAUUUCUUACUUGCUUUCUGAUAAAGACCGAAACUUCCAAGGGAGUUCAAUAAAAAAGUUUUAAAAAUAUUUGCUCCACUGAAGCUGCAUGGGUUCAGUUAUCCACUUAGCAUGUUAUUUCAGAUUAAACUUGACUAGAAGUUAUUAAUCUGUGCCAAACCUGGGAAGGGUGAUCAUUUGCUUUGCCAGCCAGAGAGAGAAAAGGACAGGAUGUUGAAACUGAAGGAAAGACAGUAUCAUAAAAGAAAAGUGACGUGCCUGGUUGUUUACUGCAAGUCGCAAAUAGGCAACUCGGGAGCCAAAUACAGCUACACACCCAUAAUUACAGGCAAUGAAAAUUGUAAUGAAAUGAAUGCAUGAAGUAAAAAACGUGGCGUCAGAGCUCAUCAAGUCAUAACAGGUUCUUCUCAAUUUCUAACAGCAUAAUUAACUUAUUUUUCAGGGACACGUGAGUCGUUUUUCUCUUUAGAGUUAGAGCCAAUUUUAAAAGAUUAGAACAGCCUAUGUCUAAGUUUAAAUAUUUGGACAUACAAAUAAUUAAACGUAGACAUAAUUAAACUUAGACAUAAACCUAGACAAGCGAGAGUACACACCAUGGUGAGAUCGGAAAAAAUGUCUAAGAUCUUUAAGAACAUUGUAGCAGUUUAUGAGUCUGGUAAGGGACUUAAAGAGGUCUCAGAAGAAAUCAGUCAUUUCACUAUUUUUAAAAUUUUAUAUACAAGUGGACAGCAUUCAAACCACUUCCACUAUGCCUAGGUCUGACUGUUCUUAAAAAUCCCUCUGUGAGCAGAUUACAAAUUGCUAAAAAAAAAGUCUCCAUAGAUCUGCAGCAAGCCCCUGCUGAUAUAAUGAUAUGAGUUUAUCAGCAAGAGCAAGCAUAUCUUCUGUGGGAGACCCUGUAUACUAGAAGAAAAGUUUUGCUCUCUCCUUCUAGAAAAACUCAAGUUUGCCUGAGAGACAAAGACUGGGACCUCUAGAAAAGUGUUCUUUGGACAAAAAUAUAAUAAGACACCAGAACAGAGGACAUGUUUGGCAUAAAAAAUACUACAUUCCAGGAACAUAAUCUGGAAUGUUGUUUUAAUCUGGAACCAUGGAUUAUGGAACCAUGAUGCUUCCAUAUCCAUGGAUAUACAUGGUUUGAGGAUGCAUUAUGCAGCAGAACCAGGCCAGCUUACCAUGAUAGGAUCCACCAUGAAUUCUGUGUCAGAGAGCUCUUGAAGUAAACAUGACACCAUCUGUAAAAAACUAAAGCUGAAUGAAAACUACAGCAUGACAAAGACCUAAAAUUCUUCAAUAAAUCCACAAAGGACUGACUGAGAGUUUAGAAACAGAAAGUUCUGGACAAAAUCAAAGCACAGACCUUGUCCUGAUUAAAAUGUUAUGUGCAUGACUUGAAACAGGCAAUGUAAUAAACCCUCACUUUUCCUCUGUGAAAAGUGAGCAUUGGGGAAAACUUUAGAUUGGUGUCAGCAACAGGAAGAUGUCUAGAAGCAGCAUCUUUCUGAAGAUAUCUCAAAAGGGAAAAGUCUUGUUUCUGUGGGAUGGGGUGUCCUGACUUUAUUCAGUUAGAAAGUGCAAUUUUGUUUAAAUCAUAUCAUAGACAUCAUAGACAUAUAUGAAGACAAGACUAGUUUUUGAUAUUUAGGUCAAGCUAAAUCAUAUAUUUUCCCUAGAUUAAAUACUAGAUUAGACAUCAAUAUGUGAGCAUUUGGUGGAAAGAAAAUAUUUGGUAACUAAACCCUAAAUUGGUGAAUGUGAUCACUUACACUCGUUCCAGGUGGAAACUUCUUCCCAGAGUCUUGUCUCAAGUUGAAAUACAAAUUUUACUCAUCAUUUUGAAUUACAAACACCAAGCACAACCCAAUAGUUUUAUUUUUAUUAUUCAGGGUUCAGGGCUAAUUCAUACAUUAAAUUCGUCUACACCCAUUAAAUACAUUAGUAUAUGCAUUAGUAUCACAUUCACCUUUGUCAUCUGUACCAUUUCAACUUUUAUGCUAAGCCCACAUUUCUCUAUUAAAAUUAUUCAAGUUGA